AUGUUUAUGGAUCGAGAGAGAAGGCUUUCGAAUCGGAACGGGACGCCACAAUACAGCAACGGGAAGUUCCGUGAUGAUAACGUUUACGGUGGAUUCUUAGAUCGGUUGGAGAAUUCACGGGAGAAGAGUCCUUCUAGAUCUAAGAUUCUUCGGAUUCCUUCUCCGACUUCGUCUCCUCCGCCUUCGAGCUCUUCCCCGCCGUUUCCUGGCUCGAAUUCACCUGAGAGGGGUUAUAUUGAGCAUCGCGUGUCAAAGUUUGAUACUCUCGCCGGCAUUGCGAUUAAAUACGGCGUUGAGGUUGCAGAUGUUAAAAAGAUGAAUGGGCUUGUUACUGAUCUUCAAAUGUUUGCUCUCAAGUCUCUUCAGAUACCUUUACCUGGGAGACAUCCUCCUUCUCCUUGUUUAUCUAAUGGCUCCUUACACCAUGGAGAGGGAUGUUCAUGCCACGAACUUGAACCGCAAAACGAUAGCAACAACGAUGUGUUUGACUCAUUCCAGUCUCUGAGAUUAAAAUCUUCGGAAAAGAAAGUUUCUCCAGCAAUGUACUCGCUGCAAGGCUAUUACGGGCUUAAACCAGCAAACAGAACAGUAUCUGAAGGAGGAUUCCUCGAGAUGGGAACUUACAAGACAGAAACCUCUCAUCAUCUCUCCAGCAACGGUGGUAAUCAAUACCUAAGACCAUUCCCAUCCACAAACACUCCCUUAAACCACCACAGGAAAUCAAGAAGCUUAGCUAAUGCACUUUUCGACGAGGUUAACCAAUCUCCGGACAACAACAACACCGCUCAAGAAACGAGUUCCGAUAAGUUUAUGAGAAGACGCCAAAAAUCUGAAGCCGAUUUUACAUCCCGGACUCCAGAGCUUCUCUUGAAAGAAGAGAACACUAGCAGCAACGGAGGGUUUUUAUCAAUAGCUGGAAAAGGCUUAGCUUUGAGAUCGAAAGCCUCAAGCAGAACUAAUCUAUCAGCAGAAUCUGAGAGUAGCAAUUUCAAUCCUGUACCAAUCAACUUGAUGGAUGCUCCAGUUUCAGACAGCUUUAGCAGUGUAAGAAAAUCGUCAAGUGCAUCGAGUCUACAAGAUCCAGAGGGUAACAGUAGUAACGGUUCAUCAUCACUGUCUCUAUGGCCGACAUCUAAAUGGAGUUUGAAACCUGAUUUGCUUACACCUGCGGCUAUUACUAGCUCAAUCUUUGAUGGGUUACCAAAGCCUUUAACCGGUCGGAAAAACAAGACUGCUAUGGACUAA